UUGGAGAGAGGAAGAAAAGAAACGUAAGUUUUUAGUUCCUGAUUAUUAAUAGUUUGAUGUGCCGACCAUGACAUCCGAUCGAUGUUUUUGGAACGACGGUCAGACACACGCUGGAGAAUGCGUGGGGCAGUACUGUGGAGACCAUGAUGGUUGGUUGGCCGAUAGUUAGUUGUAGCGCUAUGGUUGAUGAGAGGAUUACUCUUGUUGUGGCGGACUGAACUUAAUCAGAGUACGCCAGAAUACGUUCCUGACCUUUGGUUUGUCCUGCUUUGUUCCACGCAGAAACGCAACGUGAGCUUGUGUAAAAGCACGUCAAAGUAGUAACACCAAACACAACCUCCUGGUCUUGGCUCACAAGCCAUUCCAUUCCAAUCAAUCAAACAGUGGAGAAGGGAAGGAUCAACAUGCUGCAGCAGUUGGUAUAAGGGCAAGACCCCGUUGGCGUUCGAGCCAGUUACUACUGCGCUCCCUUUAACUUUUAGUCUUCCAAUUCACCCGCUGUCAUGGAAUCGACACCGGAAGAAGCUGCCGAAGGAUUGGCCAUUGUGAGAGUCUUGGCGGCGGUUCUGGAUCGACUCGUCUGUGCCAACUCUCCUCUUGCUCGCACAGAGCCAGGGCAAAUCACAAAGUUUCAUGCCCUCAAGGCUCCUGGCAUCGGCAUUCAGCAAUACUUGGAAAGGAUUCACAAGUAUGCCUCUUGUUCCAGUCAGUGCUUUAUCAUGGCACUGAUCUACAUUGACAGACUGAUUCAACGGAACGGAUUCCUGCUGACAGAAUUGAACGUCCAUCGUGUGACGGUCACUGCCAUUCUGUUGGCUGCCAAGUUCUUUGACGACGCCUACUACAACAACGCUUACUAUGCCAAAGUUGGUGGCGUCCUAGUAGCAGAGAUGAACGGAUUGGAAGUCGACUUUCUCUUCCGAAUCAACUUUAGCUUGCAUGUGUCGCCCGAGCUCUUUGAGCAAUACCGUGUGGAACUCUUGUCACACUCGGGCGUUGAUAGUCUUCCCUUGCCGCCUCCUUCUCCACAUUACGGGAUGGAACAGUGCAUGACUCCAGCGACGAUUCCGCAACAGCAGCAGCUUCAUGAUGGCAUUCACAAUCAAAGCCUACAACUACAGGCCGUUGCAGCAGCAGCAUCCAUUUGUAAUCCCGGAAUGAUGGGCUACAACACCAUACCAGCACAGCAGCAACCGCUUACCCAUAUUCCAUCGCAUGUCACUCCGUCUCCGACUCGGGGGACAGCGUUGUCAGGCGCUGCUGGUAUGGUUGCCGCCGCACCACAAGCCAAGACACCAGAGGAAGCAAUCAUGGUGGCGGUGGACCAACAGAUCAAUGCCGCUAAUCUGUCAAACAUGCUGACGCAACAGGAGUUUGCAUUUCUUCAGCGGGCCAAUUCCCUCCCACUGCAACCACAGUCAAUAAUGCCAGUGACGACGCAUCCCCAGCCUUUGAGUGCUCCGAUGAUGUCCAUGGUCCCUGGCGCCCUGAACCCUGGCUUUCCCAGUUUGGUGGAUGCGGCUGCCGUUGCGGCGGCUGUUUCCUCUGACCCCAUGGUUGUGAUGGACAAUCCACUCUAUCACGUGCAAAAUCUUCAUCAUCACCAACACCACCACGUCGCUAGCAACCAGCGCCGUGUCAUGGACGCAUCCGACCUGAUCCAUCAUGUUCAUCAUCACCCAUCACAUCGGCAUGUGCCAGGGUUUGUCUCUAGAGAGGCUUCGGUGGCGCAACGAUUCGCAGCGGGCCAGAUGGUGGCAGGGGUAUCGGGAGGGUUGUGAUAUUGAUGGAAGGAUGAAUUGCAGUUGGCAAGCUAGAAAGAGGAUUGUUGGUUGCCUUUUGUAGGCGGAAGCUUUCCUUUUGGUUUGGACGUGCUGUUGCCGUUGUCUUGUUUCCUAUCAGCUAAUGCAUAGCUAGCGCUAAGAUUAAAUGCUACUCUACCGUACCGGUACCGUCUUUGUUCUUACCAACACGAAGUUUGGUGUCGCCCAACUGCUAACCUAGCUAGUGGGGGCAGAAGCAAGGAUUUGCAAGUGGCACUGCAAAGGGGAGCUUGGACGGAGGAGAGCACUCGAAUAGUUUUAAAAUACCGGUUCGCAUUUCUAAGAAGCACCCAGCAACGGCGUCGUCCUACCGGUAGCUCGAGUGACAGACCUCUUUUUGUCUUGGCGAACCGUUCUGUCGUACGCUGUAAGCAUCAGAGCCCAGUCCUACUGGUACCGGUACCACCGGCUAGCUAGCUAUUAGUGACGAAGGCCAGCAAAC